CAACGUACGCUUACACGCACCGCGGCAACAUGAGAUUAACGAAAACUUUGUUUAAUCAAGCAUGUUCAACAGCGCGCCUGAUCCUAUACAAGCGCGAUGCGAGCCCGCCGUCCAAUGCAGUCCGCAUGGUCGGCGCCAUCUUGGGGCUGCAGUUCGACUAUGUGGAGCCCGACUUGAUCAAAGGCGAGCACAAGUCGCCCGAAUUUAGGAAGAUAAACCCAAUGUCUACUAUACCGGUGCUGAAAGACGGAAACCUCACUGUGUCAGAAAGUCACGCGAUAAUCCUGUAUCUCCUGAACAAGUAUGGCGGUGAACAUAAGGAGAAACUCUACCCUUCCGACUUGGCCACCCGCGCCAUAGUCGACCAGUGCCUUUACUUCGAUGCCGGUGUGCUGUUCCGGCAAAUUCUGGAAGUGUCUAGACCAUCAUUCGCUGGCAAAUCAAACGGUCCCAGCAAGAAGAACAUAUUCGACAUAGAGGAAGGUUACUCUAUCAUCGAAGCAUAUUUAGAAAGCCGGCCGUACGUGGCCGCGGACCAUCUGACUGUGGCGGACAUCUCGCUCGGUUCUACGACAGCUGCGUUGCAGGGGAUCCACGCUUUAGACGCUAAUAAGUUCCCGAAGACAAAAGCGUGGUUGGAGCGUCUCUCCACAGAAAGCUACUUCAAGGAGAUAAACACACCGGGCGCCGCCUUGUUGGCCAAGAUGCUCAGACACUUCUGGAAACAGAAUAAUAAAUAAAGAAUGAUUCAACUGC